AUAUUUCUGAGUUUGGCCACAACUUGUGGCCAAGCACUAGAAUUUUCAAAAGUCUAUCCCAAUGCGAAUUAAAUGAAUAAAACGCAAUUAAUAUGUUUAUCCGAUCAGCCAAAAACAAAUUCGAGACCGUGGAUGUUGUGCGCAGGCUAAAGCGUCUAGUCGAAGGCACCCUCUCGUCUUACAGGCGUUUGUUUUUGCUUUUAUUGUGUGUGUGCAUAGUUUUUUAUAUGUUACCACCAAUCUUUCGUUAUUUAUUUCUAAGCCCAACAGAACAGAAAGAUCCGCACAGCAUGUGCAUGGACGACCGUCUCACGCCCUAUAUAUUGCAGAACUACGAGUAUGACGCCAACAUACGUCACGUGGCCCCACUGAUGCCCGGUGAGCGCGACUACACGCCCUAUGUGGGCAACGGAUACAUUGGCAUUGAGGUCGCCCAUGAUGCAUCAUUGAAUAUCAAGCAUGGCCGUGCGAUGCAGCUGCCCAUACGCUUCCAUCCGGUAAUGUCUGUCUCACAGAACGGGGGCGUUGCCGGUGAGAAGGAGGCCACUGUUGUUGAAUAUCUGACGGGAAUGGUACAUCGAUUCCAAUGCUUUGCCGGGUACUUUGCGUCUUACACGCUGUAUGCACAUCGCACGCAGCCCAAUGUUUUGAUGCAAGAGCUUCAAAUAACUAAUACACGGAAUACGGUUGAAAGCAUUGAUCUUAUAAUGCCACGAAAUCGUCUACCGAAGUCGACUGUGCGUAGCAUUCCGCUCAGCGAUCCAGCGCAAAUAGGCAUGCUCACAUAUAGUGCAGUGGAAGUUAUUACAGCAACUGUGCAGCCCACAGCGGAUGAUCCGAGCAAAUUGAUUGUGAUUAGUAUUUCAAAACCACAACUGGAGCCAAAAAUACAGCUGCGCAAGCGCGGCACCGUGCACAUAAUUUACCCAAUGAUCAUCGAGUACUCCAAACCGGUAGCCGAGACACAAGUGAUAGCUACCAUAGGGACCAUCGAGCAGCAUUCCAUUCAGACCAUGACAAAGCUGCUGCAGAAGCUCAGUGCCAAGGCAUCCGGAUCCGGAUCGCUAAACAGCAUCAAUACAUUCCGCCAGGAUCACAUCAAUGUAUGGACAGAUCUUUGGGCAACUGGCUUUACGAUAAGUACCUCCAAGGCUGAAAACAGUUUAAAUGGUGAUCGGAUAAAUGCCACUAUGUAUGCUGUGCUCUCUCAAGUGCGCAGUUUUGAAUUUGAAGAUACGGUUUCCGGUACGUUUGGGAGCUCAGGCACUGGCUCUGCAGGCAUACGAGAGGACAUUGCCAAAGCGUUGACUUAUGCGGAGGGCUGCUACGAUUCGUAUCAUACGCUUCAGGCGGAGAAUCUUUGGCGUGGCAUGUCAACGCUAACGCAACUCAAUUCGCUUGUAUCCUCCUGGAUGCUCACAUUAGAGAAGCAAGGCUGUCACAAUCUGAUACGCGCCGGCGCCUCGGGCGUCAUUCAGGCAAUGACGCUCAGCUUUGGUAGCUUUCGUUUUAGCAAUCAGCAUCUGGAAUGCAACAUGCAUCCUAAAUUUUUGCAUCGCGACUUUCACUUUAGGCGCCUCAACUACGGAAACAAGACGCAUGUCAAUGUCACAAUCAUUGUUAAGGACGACAACAAAGCGGUAAUUAAUGUGGCUCUGGAUCGUUCCGAUCGCAGUUACUAUGCUUGCGAUGGCGGCUGUCUGGAUGAACCAAUCUUGUUGACUCAAAACCGUCGAGAAUUUCCUGUCAAAUUGACUGAACCAUUGACUGCAAUAUUAUAUAUAACCGAGGACAAACAACACAUGGAGGAAAUCCAUCAUGCAAUACACGUGAAGGAAGUCGUUGAGGCUCCGGCGCACGAGCAGCACGUAAUCGCCCUGCAUAAGCAUGGUCAUCAACUGGGCGGCUUGCCCGCACUCUUCUGGGUCUCAGUCUGUGCAAUAAUCGUAGUAUUUCAUAUAUUCCUAUGUAAGCUUAUUAUCAAGGAGUACUGUGAGCCAAGCGAUAAGUUAAGGUAUCGUUAUAACAAACCGUGAUUCUAGUUUUAUAUACAUACAAAUUAAACAUACAUACAAAAACAAUCAAAUUGGACAGACAGAAGAAGCUACUAGUAAAAAAAAAACUUUAAACCAAAUGCUGAGUUUUUAAGAAUAAAUGCCAGACAUGUUUAUCGAAACUUUAUAAAAAUGAAUUAAAUGAAUUAUAAAAAUGA